CACCAAAAACCAAUAUUUAUCAAAUUUCAUCCAAUCCAAUCUACCUCAGCUACAAGCUCCAUGCAUGCUAGCAAAUGUGGAGUAAUUAGUUCUUGGGUUUUCUGCAAGUAAGCAAUAGCAUCAAUGGCCGCGACUUGUAAUGCAGGAAGACACUUUCUGACGGACUUGCAGAAGGCAGAGAGGAGGAAGAAGAAUGCGACCUGGGGCAUAGAAAAGUUGGAAUUUCAGAGUCUGAAACGAAAACAGAGGUUUUUGGUCAGAGCAAGUGCUAAUAAUCCACAAAGUCUGCGGAUGAUUAAUGGGAAAAAAUUGAAUGGAGUUUAUGUGGAGGAGGCACCAUCCUUGGUUAGAGAAAGCAGCAUUGAUGAUGAUGAAUCCCUGCAUGCCUGUUUGCGAGGAAAGUUUGUGGAGGAUAGAUUUGUUUACAGGCAAACAUUCAUCAUAAGGUCAUACGAAAUAGGCCCAGAUAAAACUGCCACCAUGGAGACUUGGAUGAAUCUCCUUCAGGAGACUGCUCUUAAUCAUGUGACAAGCUCUGGUCUCGCUGGGAACGGAUUUGGCGCAACCAGAGAGAUGAGCAUCAGAAAGCUCAUUUGGGUCGUCACUCGCAUCCACAUUCAAGUACAGAGAUAUAGCUGCUGGGGAGAUGUUGUUGAGAUUGAUACCUGGGUGGACGCAGAAGGAAAGAAUGGAAUGCGGAGGGACUGGAUCAUCCGCGAUUACCAUACGCAGGAAAUCAUAACAACAGCAACAAGCACAUGGGUUAUCAUGAAUAGAGAAACAAGAAGAUUGUGCAAAAUUCCAGAACAAGUGAGGCAAGAGGUGCUGCCUUUCUACCUCAACAGGGCUGCAAUUUCAACAGAGAAUAAUGAUCUUGAAAAGAUUGACAAGCUCACUGAUGAUACUGCUGAGAGAAUCCGAUCUGGGUUGGCUCCAAGAUGGAGUGACAUGGAUGCCAACCAACAUGUCAACAAUGUCAAAUACAUUGGAUGGAUUUUGGAGAGUGUGCCGAUGCGGGUGUUAGAGGACUACAGUCUGACAAGCAUGACUCUUGAGUAUCGACGUGAAUGUCGACAGUCGAAUCUGUUGGAGUCGUUAACAAGCCCUGCAUUUGAUCAGGAAGAUAGGAGUAAGAGCCCAAACCAUCGCAAACCAGAGUUGGAAUAUACGCACUUGCUUCGCAUGCAAGCAGACAAGGUAGAGAUUGUUAGAGCAAGAUCAGAAUGGCAAGCCAAGGAAAAACACAAUUACAGAAUCUCCGGUAUCUAAAGUUUUUACUUUUCACAAUUACUGCGUUUUAUUUCCUCUUCUGUUUUUGGCUUGAUCUUAGCCAUUUUUACUUUUCCACAAUUACUGCGUUUUAUUUCCUCUACUGUUUUUGGCUCGAUCUUAGCCAUUAUAUUAUACAGUUUAAAAAAAAAUAAUUAAGUGAUUUGAGCUUUGUAUUGUAAGUUGAUAAAAUUAGGAAUGAACCCUAAACUCCUAAUUUGUGUUCAA